CUGGCUAAGAACGAAGGCGCCAAGGGCGUGCUGCCCGUCAACGCCGCCACCCGCGCAGCAGCCAGCGCCAAAGGACCCGCCCCGCGCCUGAAGCUCGAAGUCCGCCGACUGCCACCGGGCCUCACGCUGUCCGAAUUUGAGGAAAUUCUGGGAGAUGAGUGGAAGUUGGGCAAUGGCAAAGUGGACUGGCGAGAAUACCGGCAAGGAAAGGUCAAGCAGUCGCUGGGCAAAGUGCCCGAGCAGAGUCGCUGCUACAUCCAUGUGGUCAACGAGGCUGCUGUGUCUGCCUUUGAGGCUCGUUUCCUGGCUGUCACCUUCCACGAUAAGGCGGGGACGUACAAGAACCCGGAUAUUAAGCAUCUUCCGCCGACACUGGGGUUUGCGCCAAAUCAGCGAACGACGAUCAACACGAAGUUGCGAACAGACAAUCGACAGGGCACAAUCGAUCAGGACCCGGAGUUUAUUGCAUUCCUCGAAGCCGAGACACAGCCUAUUGCACGCCCACCUGCGCUCGAUAAUGCGAACGCAGAGACGGAGAAAACCGAGAAGCCUGCGGUGACGAGUACGCCGCUAAUAGAAGCUCUGCGGGAGAAGAAGGCAAAUAAAGCCAAAGCAGCUGAAACAAAAGCGGACAAGAAAGAUGGUAAGAACCAUACACGCACCGAAAGUAAGGCUGAUGCGCCUGCGGAGAAGCCUACCAAAGAGGGCAAGAACCAUCAGCCGCAACAGCAGAAGGUAGAGCAGGCGACCAAAGAGGCUGUCAAGGCAGUGAACAAGCAGGUUGCGAGUAAGCAGCAACAGGCCCAACAGCGCCCAGCCUCCCCGCAACAGACGCAACAGAAGGGGAACACUCCAGCUAGAGGCAAGAAGGGGGCACAACCAGCACAAAACACCAAAGCACAGAAUGGCACGCCUUCGAAAGCUGCUGCGUCAACGCCCGCUCCAGCGCCUGCAGCCACGGCACAGACACCAGCACAACAAACUCCGCCAAGAGCGCCACGGCAACGUGGUAACGCAGAUGGCAUCAAGAAGAUGCUGCAGAAGGACCUCGCGGGCAUCCGAUCGAAGGCAAUGCCGGCGGCAAAUAGGAAUGCCACUCCAAACUCAACCAACGCACAGUCAGUUCCUACUGCUCCAAAAGAACAACAGCAGAAACCUGCACCUAAACCACCAACGGCACCAAAGUCACAGCCACAGGCCAAACAACAGGGCCAACAGCAGCCGACACCAUCGGCAUCCACCACGAAAGCCUACCUGAAGCAUGCCAACCCCAGCCAAGGAAUGACUGAGAUACUCAUCCAGCAAGCACUGUCGCAAUACGGUGAAGUGACCAAUGUAACCAUCGACCCUAGGAAGGGUACCGCUAUCGCUCUCUUCAAAGACCCAGAGGGUCUCAAGAAAGCCUUUGCAGCAAAGAAAGUCCCGGUCGCUAAUGGCAGUGUUGAGAUCCUGGAAUGGAAAGAUCGCGGUGCCAACAACAAUGGAGGUAAUAGAGGCGGGUUCAGAGGCGGUCGAGGAGGAGGCCGCGGUGGCAGAGGCGGAGGCGCUGUUGCCUCUCCUGCACCGGCCGCAGCGUCGACCAAAGGCGACAGUGGCUCUUGA